GAGUGCCUCUUAGACAAAGCCACGAGAGAGAAGCUACAGCAGAGCAGGGCUUCCCAGCUGCUGUGGACAGACUCUAUCACUGUCUCUUCUAAGUGGAGGCGAUACGACUUUCCUGCAGUAGUGGAUAAGCCUGGGGUCUUGCUGGGGCCCCCUCGGGGGACACUAGAGGGCAUAUCCAAAGGGCUCCUACCUAGGCAGGUGUUUGUAGCAGUUAGGGGACUAGAUGCAACUGGGUUCUGGCACAAACUCACCAGCCCGUGCCCGGCAAGAGCAAGAGUCGCCUCCAAGGGAGAAAACACCCCGCCGUCCUCAGAGCAGGAAAAGGAGGAGAUAAAGGAGACCGUCUCCUUGUUAGUUACGAGCAGUUUCGCAGUAACAGACGGCAGCGGCCGAAAAAUAUGGAGGGCUCGGAUAACAGCACCAGGAGACAGAGAUCCUUAUGAGGCAGACAAGGCUUUGGGGCCGCUUGCCUUCGCGGUGCUCCAACAGCAGAGACGCACCUUCCUGCAGCUUCUGUAUCUGGAUAAUAUCUUUGCUCACAGAAGGGCUCCUUUUAGAGACAGUCCUCCCGGCCUAGAUAACAGGAGCCCUUCUCCUGCUGCCGACACAGCGACAGGGCAGCAACCUGUAGAACAUACAGAGGAGUGCGAAGUCUUUUCCCCCUUUGGGGAUAACAUAGCGGCGACUGUCUCCUCCCACAGCUCGCUGCGCUUGCAGGGGCUUCCCUUUCUUUUCUGGUUAGACCUGCUGCCUGCAAGCCUUACGCAGUUCAAGGGGCACCAAGUGACAGGGGGAAGGGCAACCCUUUCGCCUUCUAGCCCUAUUGCCGUCGUUAGCUUUCCUCCUAGCCGCUUUGCAAAGGCCCCUGAGGUAUUCUUGCAAUUGAGGGCCGGUGGGGCCCCCGCCCUUGGACAUACGCGACUGCUGGAGGUCACCCCCCAAAGCGUUGUGGUGUACAUACACCCAGACCACUGCGGGUCACCAGAGAACAUCACUACAAAUCCGUAUGAUGAAAUUGAUUGGAUGGCUUGGCUACCCAUCUAG